GGAGGCAACGAGCUGCGGGAUCCUGGGCCAGGAGGAUGGCGGGCGGGAUGGAGGCCACCUUGGAGCAGCUCUUGGAGGAUACAAUGAAGAAUCCAUCCAUUGUUGGAGUCCUGUGCACAGAUUCACAAGGACUUAAUCUGGGCUGCCGUGGGACCCUGUCAGAUGAGCAUGCUGGGGUGAUAUCUGUUCUAGCCCAGCAAGCAGCUAAACUGACCUCAGACCCCACUGAUAUUCCUGUGUUGUGUCUAGAAUCAGAUAAUGGGAACAUUAUGACCCAGAAACAUGAUGGCAUCACCCUGGCAGUGCACAAGAUGGCCUCUUGA